UUUCUCCGAGUUAUUCCGUUAUUCUGUGGAAAGGAUGCAAUCUGCUUCAUCAGUAAUGAAAAAAACGAUGAAUCCAAAUGGAUUGUUGUUUGUUGAGUAAGAAUAAAACAUACAAGUUAACUAAGGGGAAUCUUUGGGAUACAUGAAUCAUUGAUUCUGUGACGCACACUAAUGAUGGCGUUUCCUUCAUUCUACAUGAAGUUCCUGGAAGACAAAGUAGAAUCAUGGACAGCAACGGAAAAGGGUCCUUAAGACUGUAAGAGUACAAGAUACAGAUUCCUUGAGUUAGUAAAGGAUUACGUAAUGAAGUAGAACAACAAGUACAAUAGACGAGCGUUAUUAGGAAUCUGGUGUGAUCUUUUUCCGUUGUUGAUACGGCGCUGAGUCGAUGUUACCCCAUCUUUUAGCUUGAUGCUUUUAGCGUUUUAGAAAAUUCACCCAAAAUAGAUUAGCAGGUUUACAGAAGGAAUGAUGGCUAUAAAAGAACAAGGAGUCCACAACAAGAGCCACAUUCCAACAGUCGACAGUGAAAAGACAAGAUACAACAAGAGAAAGAAAAUAAGAAAGAAAGAUUGGAACAACAAUGGAGUCUACAAGAACACAGGUCAUCAUCACAGCUGUUCUUCUUGUCAUACUUGCGGCUUUCUCCUUGGCCCAACCUCUGAGUAAACCAGAUAACAACGACGUUGCUCCUGGUAACCAAACAAGCGCGUCAUCAUCGCAACAGGGCCAGAUAAUUACAGUCGAUGCUACUGCACCCAAUAAAGCGAUGUUUAGAAAGACAAGAAAUGGCAACUUGUGUGUUGAGAGGAGAAUAACUAGAGUAUUCUACUUCAGGUAUGCUGUGACGGGUAUUGCUGUCUGUCAYAAGGGAUGUACUGCAAAGACAAAGGCUCUACGACUUGGAAAUGGACGAUGGGUUGUUGUCAAUAGCGACUGUURCUAGGCAACGAAUUUGUCAAUGAUGAAUGAAUAUAUUUAUUAGAAUAUGAUAUUUGUAGAAUAGAAACAUUAAGUUGCAAGUCGACUGACAAAUUGAAUGGAUAAAUACCAUAUUGGUUAGCAAACAAGUAAAAAUGUCAAACAUUUGUCAAUGAAUUAAUAAUGAGUUGAUAAUUAUCUGCAAAUAAAUAUAU